CAACCCCACCCAAAACAUCUCCAUUAUCAAAUCAGAAAGAAACUCAUUAAAACACAAAACAAUAGUUUCGUUUUUUCCACAAUUAAUCCCCAACAUUAAAAUGUUCAAUUCAUAAACUCCUCCCAAAAUUAAUUAAUUUUCAUUAAAUGGGUAACUCCCACUUUAACACUCGCAAAAACCGGCAUCAUCAUCAUCAUCAACAACAGGUGGAACAAUCUUCUUCAUCAAUUCCUCCUCCUUCAAAUCCCAACUAUAUAUACCCACCUCCUCCUCCCAACUAUCCAUAUCCGUACAAUCCUCAACCUCAACCUCAAUCUUAUUCUUCUUCAAUGGCGCUUACCUUGCCUUACUCCCAUGUCGACUCCUGUUUACGCGCUCUCGCUCAACAAGCUCAGGGUUUCGGUCGAUUUUCCGUUGGCGGCCUUCAUGGUCCCCUUUUCCUUGUCACCUCCCUCUCCGAUGAUGGGCCAGGGUCGCUAAGGGAAGCGUGUCGAAAGAAGGAACCACUCUGGAUUGUAUUUGAAGUUUCGGGUACCAUUGAGCUGAAGUCGCACUUGAAUGUAUCGUCUUAUAAGACGAUAGAUGGACGUGGACAAAGGAUUAAGUUCACAGGGAAAGGGUUAAGGCUCAAGGAGUGUGAGCAUGUGAUUAUAUGCAAUCUUGAAUUUGAAGGUGGGAGGGGACAUGAUGUAGAUGGGAUUCAGAUUAAGCCGAAUUCUAAGCAUAUAUGGAUUGAUCGUUGCACCUUGCGUGAUUAUGAUGAUGGUCUCAUCGAUAUCACCAGGCAGAGUACUGAUAUCACUAUUUCUAGGUGUCAUUUCUCUCAGCAUGACAAAACAAUGCUCAUUGGAGCAGAUCCAUCUCAUGUUGAUGAUAGAUGCAUUCGGGUGACUAUUCACCACUGUUUUUUUGAUGGAACCCGACAAAGACAUCCUCGUGUAAGAUAUGGGAAAGUUCAUCUUUACAACAAUUACACCAGGGGUUGGGGUAUUUAUGCUGUCUGUGCCAGUGUAGAAUCUCAGAUUUAUUCUCAGUGCAACAUUUAUGAAGCUGAUAAGAAGAAAACAGCUUUUCUUUACUACACAGAGAAGGCUGCUGAUAAAGAACAAGAAGCAACUGGGAGCAUAAUAUGGAUGUUGUGUUGGUGUAGAUGAUGGGCCAGGGUCGCUAAGGGAAGCGUGUCGAAAGAAGGAAUCACUCUGGAUUGUAUUUGAAGUUUCGGGUACCAUUGAGCUGAAGUCGCACUUGAAUGUAUCGUCUUAUAAGACGAUAGAUGGACGUGGACAAAGG